AUGUCCAGUCCUCCACCGAGUUCUUCCCACCCGCCGCCGCCACACACCUACCCGUCGCCACAAGCGUCUUCAUCGGUGCUGCUGCCACACACAGCAGGCGCGCCGGCAUUGGGCGUGCUGGAGUCCUCAGGGGCGAUUGCACCCUCUACCCUGGCACCGUCCGCCCUCGUCCUCACCCAGGAGCAGAUGACAGCCGCAAUCCUGGAAUUACAACAGGCCGUGGCGGGCAUCAGGGCCUUCCUCGUCGGGCCCUAUGCGCCCCAGCUGCAUCCCCAGCAUCCACCUCCUCCGCCGCCACACCAACAACAGCUACCCCCGCCACCGCCGCCCUUGGACGCGACCAUGGUGCCGGUCAUCUCGUACCAGUAUGGGAUGCCCUACGACGGGACUGCGACGACCUCAUUCCCAUCAGCGCCGCCGCCGUCCCAGGGCGUCCCCAUCCAGCAGAUCAAGUUCCCGCCGUCGCCGUCACCGCUUCCGGCUUGGAUCGCUACCCGCCAUGUGUCGGCGGCGGUGAGGCUGCAGGCUGUUGCGUGA